GGUGGUGGACGCCUACGUCGACGAUCACAUCGGCAGCGGCCAACACCGACGUGAUGAAUCAGCUCUGCAGGGUUUGUGGAGAGCCAGCCGCGGGUUUUCACUUUGGGGCCUUCACGUGCGAAGGCUGCAAGUCCUUCUUCGGGCGCACCUACAACAAUCUGGGUAGUAUUUCCGAAUGCAAGAAUGGCGGCGUCUGCGUGAUCAACAAGAAGAACCGUACCGCCUGCAAGGCAUGUCGCUUGCGGAAGUGCCUGAUGGUGGGCAUGUCCAAGUCUGGCUCGCGCUAUGGCCGGCGCUCCAAUUGGUUCAAGAUACAUUGCUUGCUGCAAGAACAGUCUCAGCAAGCGCAAAAUCGCCUGAUCAAAGAUCCCAAGUCCGCGUACGAGAAAGCGUUCGGCUCGUUAGACGCCGCGAACAACAAUAAUAAUAAUAACAAUACCGAGAACGCCAGUAACACUAGCGCCAGCAGCAUCGUCGGUAUCGUCACUACGGCGACCACUACAGCGAACAGUUACCAUCAUCAUCACCUGCACCACCAUCACCAUCCGGACCGAUUGCCCAAGAGGGAGGACGGUGCGCUCAGGCCACCGGAUAUUCCGGUGCAACUAAGGUCACCCGACAUUCCGCCGAGAACCAGCCAGGAAGCGAUUCUGAGGCCUACCGAUCUCCCGAGGGCACCGCACGAGAUGUUCAGGCCCGAAGUUUCGAGGUUCCCUAUGUGGCGGGGCCCGCCACUGUUUCAUCCAGCGCUCACGCACAUGCAGUUGCUGAACACGCCGUUCUUUCCGUUUCAACAACGCUUCAUCGUACCUUAUGUGAAUCAAGUAGGUCCACCGCAGAUGGCGACCAGUUUGUCGAGCUCGUCUAGUGAGAGCAUCAGUCCGCGGUCGACUCCAUCGCCGACGAAGAGAAGCGAAGAGAACCGAGAAUGCCGCGAGAUCGAUCGCGAAACCGCCGAACGAGAUCGAUGUCCUACAGCAGGUUCGAUAGAGGUCGCAUACGAUAAGAAUCUGACGUUCUUGCGAUCUCUCGGGCCGGAGCAAGAUGAGCCAAUGGAUCUCAGUAUGAAGGACACACGGACGGAUCGACAGGAGGUGGAUGCCGGUAGCAUGGAGGAAGAAGAGGAGAAGUCGAGCAAUAGCGAGGAAAACGAACUUCUGCAGGAUCCCGGGCCGCCCUUGGAUCUCACCCGAAAAACAUGACCUCGGAUUCCAAACGGUGCUCAUUAAGUGCUCAACGAGAACUCAAUCUGAUCGAGAAAGGAUCGUCGUCGUCGUCGUCGUCAUCAUCGUCGGUGUCACCCCAACUUGACGUGGAUAAUAGGGGCAAGGUCGCCGAGUAAUUUAUUGAAAAAGCAGCAAACUAUCGAAGCCUCUCCCCCGGUAGCAAGAGGAAAGAAAAAAUCGAAUGGAAAAACAAAUGAUCGAAGGAAAAAACAAAUGGAUGGGAACAUGACGGGAAAAAGAAGAAGGAGGCAAAGAGAAAGGUGAAGAGAAGAGAAUGGAGAAGAACGCGCGAAUCAUACGAGAUGCGGAGAGAGGGUGAAAGAAGGUACAGUUACAUCGUAAUAACGCGGCGAGCGAGAAGCACGGCCGAGUGUCAAAGGUGCCUUGGCGCAAGAAACGAGGAGGCGACCCAGGGGGAAAGAGGAGUAGCCGAAUACGAUUACGUUGGAACGACACGAGAGGGAAAAGAGCGGGAGGAAGAUGCGGAGGGAGAGAGAGAGAGAGCGCGGUCGGCCGAAGAAGAAGAAAAAGAAGAAGAAGCAGAAGAAGAAGUGCCGCGCGUAGCCAGCCGGCAUAAACGGCUUUACGAUCGGCGAUCGUCCGAUCGAUGAAAAUUGCUCAAGCCGCUCGGUAUUAGCCGACACACAAGUCUCUUUUGCCCGGUCGUACCCCGACGGCAGGUGCACAUUGACGAA